AUGUCGACCAUCGAUCAAGAAACACACAUCUUCAUCACAGGAGGCUCAGGCUUUCUCGGACAGUACAUUAUCAAGGCCAUCCUAGAAAGACAUCCCAAAUGGAGAAUCACCGUCCUUGACCUCGUUCCUCCUCCCCCUGCUCUGCUCUCUGUGAUCCACAACUUUCACCAUUGCGACAUCACUUCUCCCUCCUCCCUCACAACCGCCUUCUCCACUUGUCCCAUUCCGCCAUCUCUAGUCUUCCACACAGCCGGCUGCAUCCCCUCCGGUGCUCUCCGCUACAGUACCUCCUCCACUCAAUGGCAAAAAGUCAAGAACAUCAACUACCACGGCACUCAAAACGUCCUCUCCGCCCUCCUCGCCUCCGGCUGCACCCGCCUAGUCUACACAUCUUCCUGCACCGUCCUACAAGAUGACCUCCUCAACUCCCACCCCAACACCACCGAGUCCAUUCCCAUAGCCGGUCGCGCAAGCGUACACUACGGCCGCUCCAAAGCGCUCGCAGAGUCUCACAUCCUGAAUCCCAACCAUAGGAAAAACCACGCCCUACUCGCCUGCGCUCUACGACCGUGCACCUUAAUCGGCAAAGGCGACACAGCCGUCAUGAAGCCCAUGCACAGCCUCAUAGCCGAACGCUCCACGAACUUCAUCCUCGGCAAAGGCGACAAUCUCUACGACUUCAUGUGUGUCGAAAACGCCGCGGACGCACACCUCCUCGCGGCCGAAAAUCUCUUGUCAUCCAACCCUACCGCAGCGGGCGAGGUUUUCUUCGUCAGUAACGAGGAGCCGGUGUAUUUCUGGGACUUCCUCGCAGCGGUAUGGGCGGGGUUUGGGCAUGUUCCCGCUUGGAGGAUUCAUGUUCCGUUUUGGUUGGCGUUGGUGUUUGGGUUUUUGGCGGAGAUGAUUGGGUGGGUGGUGGGUGGUGGGGUGGCGAUUAGUCGGGGGAGUGUGAGGGACUCGGUGAGGACGGGGUAUGCGGAUUGUGGUAAGGCGAGGAGGGUUUUGGGGUGGGAGCCGAGGGUCAGAUUGAGAGAGGGUGUGAAGAGGUGGGUUGAGGGUUAUAAGGAGGUUUUGAGGGAGAGAGAGGAGGUAAAGAGAGACAAUGGAAGAAGCGGAAGCGGCAAGAAGGAGAGAUGA